AUGGUGAAGCCCAUCGUGUACUUCGAUAUUGCUGUUGAUGGUGUUCCCUUGGGCUGUGUCACCUCCGAGCUGUUUGCGGACAAAGUUCCAAAGAAGGCAGAAAACUUCUGUGUUCUGAGCACUGUGGAGAAAGAAUUUGGUUAUAAAGUUUCCUCCUUUCACAGAAUUAUUCCAGUAUGUAUGUGCCAGGGUGGUGACUUCACACCCCAUAAUGGCACAGGCAGCAAGUCAACCUAUGGGGAGAAACUUGAUGAUGAGAAUUUCAUCCUGAAGCACACGGGUCCUGGCAAAUGCUGGACCCAACACAAUGGUUCCCAGUUUUUCAUCUGUACUGCCAGCCUCAGUGGUUGGAUGGCAAGCGUGUGGUCUUCGGCCAGGCGAAAGGCGGCAUGGAUGUUGUGA